AUGGCGGAACAGCCUAACGGCACAACGAAUCAAUCUCACAAUAAUUUCUACAAAGAUGCCUUCACUGAGCGAUACAUCGAUGAGCUCGACAAUACAAGCUUUACAUCCUUCGAAUUAAAAUCUCAACCUUCCAUCCAACAACGAAAACCCGUUCAAAACUACUCAGUCGAAUAUGACACCACCAAAGAUCCUAAUUUAGAGGAUCCGAUGGACCUCGGAGAAGGAAAAUCCAAAUAUACAGCGGACCAAACACAAAUUGAUGGAGAAAAUCAAAAGAAAAAGAAGAAUCGAAUGACUGAUCGAAUAAUUUCAUUUCCAUAUUGGACUGCUCUGACAUGUGUGGCAGAAGUAACAGUGUUUGUUGCCAUGUGCAUUGUAGGAAAGGGAAUUGACGAUCCAUUGAACAAUCCAAUGAUUGGACCAAAACAAGAAAUUGUGAUACAAUUUGGAGCGAAAGAUAAUUCUCUCAUACGAGCAAAUGGAAGUGAAUUUUGGAGAUUUUUUGUAUUCAUGUUCAUUCACCAAAGUGUUUUAAUUUUAUUAUUUAAUCUCAUGUGGUUAUUGACAACUGUCAGAAAAACAGAAGGAGUUUGGAAAUUUCCAAGAAUGGCAGUCAUUUACAUGCUCUCUGGUAUUGGAGGAGGAUUGUUGAGUAGUGUUUUCAGUUUUGAUCAAAUAAGCACUGGUUCCACUUCAUGCAUUGUUGGAAUUAUUUCGGCAUCUUUGGCAGAAUUGAUAUUGAAUUGGGAUGUUGUUUUUAAUCCUUUCAAAUUAUUAUUGAGUGUCAUUAUGCAAUUGUUAGUUUUCUUCAUUAUUGGUUUAUUACCAACUGUUGACCAAUUUGCUCAUAUUGGUGGAUUUAUUUGUGGAUUUCUUUCUGGAGUCAUGUUGUGUGCAAGAAAACAAAAGCCAGAUUUGGAAAAGAGAUGGGCCAAAUUCACAAUUAUUGUGGCGAGAGCGUUUGCUGCUGUUUUAUUGGUGAUUUACUUUGCCUUAUUCUUCCCAAUCUUUUAUGGACUGAUUCCAAUGAAGUGUGAAGCAUGUUAUUGGUUGGAUCCUACUUGGGCCAUGUAUUUUGGUGACAAUGACGAAUAA